GCACGGCGGACAACCGCAUGGCAGCGCCAGCCAUUUAUCCGUUCGUCAAUCGCGCCCUCGUGUCAAGCUCCGUCAUGGCGAUGGCGGCCCGGCGCCUCCUCUUCUCCUCCUCCCACCUCCGCCCACUCGCCGCGGCUCCCCACCGCCGCAAGCACGACGCGGUAUCGUGCAAGUCCACCGGCAAGGCCAGGACCGGCACCAGCACCAAGCCCAAGGACAGCGGCGCCGGCAAGUGGCGGCCGCAGCGGCGGGCGCUGGAGGAGCACCUCAAGCGGCGCACGCGCUCCGCGGGCGCCUUCGACGCCGACCUGUACCGCCGCCAUUCCCACUCCCACCACGUCCCCGUCCUGCUCGGCGAGGUCCUCGCCGCGUUCCGCCGCCCGCUCCCGCUCCGCUCCUUCGUCGACUGCACCCUCGGCGCCGCCGGCCACUCCCUCGCCAUGAUGGAGGCGCACCCGGAGAUGGAGCUGCACAUCGGCAUGGAUGUCGACCCCUCUGCGCUGGAGAUUGGCCAGCGCCACGUCGAGGCUUUCCUUGCCAGUAGGGCAACUGAUGGAGGAGAUUCUUUGCAAGGAGUACUGCGUGCCUACACUCACGUCAAGAACUUCAAGUACAUCAAGCAUGUUCUCGGUGGCGUCGAUGAGAGCUUGUUAGCUGACUCGUCUGGAGUUGAUGGCAUCCUCAUUGACCUUGGCAUGUCAUCCAUGCAGGUUAACAGAUCAGAUAGGGGAUUUAGCGUGCUCCAUGAUGGCCCACUUGACAUGCGCAUGGAUCCUAAGGCAACUUUAACAGCAGAAGAUAUCUUGAAUUCUUGGCCUGAGCUUGAAGUUGGGCGUAUCCUCCGUGAUUAUGGGGAGGAAAGCAAUUGGCAAUCCCUUCAAAGGCGAAUUGUUAAAGCACGACAAGCGGGGGGUUUGCACUCGACUGGGGAGCUUGUCAAACUUAUUCAAAGAUCGUGUACCAUUUCAGGAGGACGACAAGGAUGGAUUAAGACUGCAACGAGGGUGUUUCAGGCCCUUAGGAUUGCAGUUAAUGAUGAGCUCCGGAUUUUAGAAGACACGCUUCAUUCAUGUUUUGACUGUCUAGCAACAGAUGGCCGUCUAGCUGUAAUCUCGUUCCACAGUUUAGAAGACAGAAUUGUGAAGCAGACUUUCUUGGAGCUUAUUCAUGGGGAUGGAGUAGACGAUGGCGAUGAAGACUUGGUGUGCACUGACAUUGAUGAUGAAGAUGAACCAUGGUUCAAGCAGAGAGUGAAAGGGAUGAAUGGCAUCAUCCUUACAAAAAGACCAAUAACCCCUUCACAAGAGGAAGAGAAGCUAAAUCAGAGGUGUAGAAGUGCAAAGCUCAGAGUUAUCCAGAAGGCCUGAAUUCACGCAAGAUAAAUUUUUGAAGGGAUGCCGAGGACUUUGGCGCAUAGAUUCAUUGAGCCUACCAAACGUGGGAACAUCGGUUUCUCAUUCGUACACGGCAAAGCAAACAUGCCAAAAUCUCGAGAAAAGUAGCUCGAGGGAAUUUGGAGGUAGUAUUUGGUUUCCCCAAAGAUGGUAACAUGGAAAGAAAGCAGAGGCUUAGGUUAGUCAGCGAAACAUUUUUUUUACUGUAUUUGUACCAUUUUUUCGACUUCACUCAUGUACAUUGUACUCUGUAAGGUACAUUCUCUUGCAAGAUGCAAUCAUAUUUCUCCUGCAGCGGCCUCAGAUCUGCAGAGCAAAGUUUGUUUUGA